AUGAAUCCCGAUCUUACAAACAAUUUACAUUUUCUUCAAGAGCAUAGUGAAUGUUUUAAUUUCAAUAUAGAGAAACGAAUUUUCGAUAAUUAUACUAUACUUGUCAGAUAUAGUAAACGAAUUCGUCAAUUACUGAAACAUAAUUAUCGAAACAUAUCUUAUCAUAAAGCUUUUAACAAAAGACGAUUCAAUAAUUUAAAAGAAAAAAGCAAAACUUAUUACUGUAAGAGGUGUAAUGAUAUUCUUACUAUCGAAAAUUUCUGCUAUAAAUGUGAAUCGGAAGAUCUGGACAAUUCAGAAUCGAUUCACACGAAUUCUCCAAAAUCGGACAGUGAUUCGAAUUAUAUUACUGAUGAUGGGUUUGUUAUUAAGGAUGAUAUAAACGCAUCAUAUAUUCAACAGGGUUUUGUUAAAAAUGAUUCUGUGUUUUUUUCUGAUAAUGAGCUAAUGAUGGAUGAUUCUUCUUUUUCUUCUCAAAGUUUACAAUUUAAUUCUAUUUAA